ACAUGGCUUGCUAGGUGGGCGUUACCCCCCCUGAGCUACUUUGAUUCUUUGAUUUUAACAUUUGGAUGACCUACUUACAAAAGCAAUGGAUGAAAUGAUGGUGGACAUUAGUGUAGUGUCUUCAGCUGAACAAUGUGAGCAAGUACCCUCAGAACAUGAGCCUGUAUUAACCUCGACACAGAUGGCAACUGUACUGGACAACCAAGACACUGAUACGCAGGCACAUGAUACCAGUACUGAUCUGAGCUCGCAGCCAGAGGUGGACACAUUUCUAAAUGCCCCACCAACUAUUAACUCCAACCCUUCUAAUGAGAGUGAUGAUCCUGUAGUCGAAAUCAACAUUCUUAUUAAUGAUGAUCAACAGAACAAUGAACUUCCUCCACCAGCGAUGAACGAAUCCACUCACUUGUGUCCUGACCAAAGCAGUGAGAGCAGUCCUCCCCUAGAGUCGUGUCAUCCAGUUGGUGGGAGCAGUCCUCCUCUAGAGCAGUGGCAUCCAGUCGGUGAGAGCAGUCCUCCCCUAGAGUCGUGUCAUCCGGUUGGUGAAAGCAGUCCUCCUCUAGAGCAGUGGCAUCCGGUUGGUGAAAGCAGUCCUCCUCUAGAGCAGUGGCAUCCGGUUGGUGGGAGAAGUCCUCCCCUAGAGCAGUAUCGUCCAGCCACCAGUGAAAGCAGUCCUCCCCUAGAACCAUGUCAUCCAGUUGGUGAGAACAGUCCUCCCCUCGAGCAGUGGCAUCCAGUCAAUGAUGAUACUCCUUCAAAUAUGAACACAGAUGAAUGUGAAGGGACGGAGAGCGGUGGCAAGAGUUUUGUGCUGGGUAGUGACCCAGUAUUGCUGACAGGGUCAUGGAAAGAAUUCAAAGGCAAUAAUUUUCUCCGAGGUUGCAAAUGGUCACCUGAUGGGACCUGCCUAUUGACUUGCAGUGAUGAUGAUGUAAUGAGACUAUAUAAUCUACCCACAGAGCUGUACCAGUCUGGAGCCACUGAGAAACUACCUGAAAUUACACCUGUUCUGAGAGUGCCUCAUGCCUCUGGUAUUUACGACUACUGCUGGUAUCCAAGCAUGAGCUCGUGGGAGCCAACUACAUGUUGUUUCGCCACCAGUUGUAAGGACCAACCCAUACACAUGUGGGACGCCUUUUAUGGGAGCAAGAGAGCAUCAUAUGUACCCUACAACCAUUUGGAUGAGGUGAUAUCUCCGUGUUCCUUGGCCUUCAGUCUCGAUGGUGAACGGUUGUAUGCAGGAUUCAACAAAUCCAUUAAAGUCUUCCACACUUCAAGACCUGGCAGAACUUGCACCAGUAGAAGCACAUACGACAAGAAGAAAGGUGGUCAGCCAGGACUCAUCUCUUGUAUAGCUAUGCAUCCCACCCAACCUGGCACGUUUGCUCUGGGCUCCUACUCUUGUUCAGUUGCCCUGUAUACUGACAGUACAAAAUCUCCGAUUUUCACGUUCACUGAUUUGGGUAGUGGAGUCACUCACAUGCAGUUCACUAAAGAUGGGCACAAGUUGUUAGUGGGAUACAGAAAGAGCAACUUCAUUAGUUGUUGGGAUCUGCGGAAUCCCGUGACUGAGUGUGUGUCCAUGGAGAGAGAGGUGGAUACAAACCAGCGGGUCUAUUUCGAUCAAACAAGUGAUGGUGGCUACCUGCUGUCAGGUGGCACUGAUGGUCGGGUGCAUGGCUGGAGUACACAGCUCAUGCAAGACACUCUCUCCUCCUCAAGCUCUGAUGGUCUUGUAUCGUCGUGUUUAUGCUUCACUGCUCAUGAGGACGCUGUCAAUGGAUGCAGUGUACAUCCCACCCUCCCUCUGUUGGCCACCGGCUCGGGUCAAAGGUCAUUCCCUAGAACAUACGACUCAGAUUCAGACUGUGAUAGUGUAAUAGAAAUUAGUGAGGAAAUAGAAAAAAGCGAAUGUUCUGUUAAAAUUUGGUCUCUUUUAUGACUCUUUUGUUAUCAAUCAAUUCACCAUGACAACUGUAAAAGUAAAUUCCAUUUUUGUUGCAUAAUUAGCUGUUACGUUUCAUUGUUUGUUUUGAAUGUGAAUGGUUAUUCCUGCGCUAUAUAUACGGAAGAUACGUUAGACACAUUGUGUACAUACAGUAGGUUUGACUAUGAAUAUAAUUAAGUGGUUUCACAUGAUAUAAAGUCAACCACUUCCAUUGAACUGAAAGCUGAAAAUGGCAGUUCAUGCUUCAGCUACUGAGCCCCUGAUAUCAAGAGCAGAUGAUGUGGAGACAGCUGUUAUACAAGGUGGCAAUGUUCAGAUACAGGAAGUUGGCCAGCGUGUAAUGAUCGGAAAGUACAUGUACUGUCGAACUAACUUCUAUAUCGAUCAGAGUCGAAAGUACGUCGGCAAACGAAAGCUAACGAAGUAUGUCUACAUAAAAUGGCUGCACUGGAUGUACAUUCUAAUACUCCUAGGCAGUCUGUUCUCCCCAUUGAACUAUAUAGCCGCUUUUGUACUGUUUGGAGUGCAUUUUCUUGUGUGUGCUAUCUACACUCAGCACAUGUACGUGAACAUAGUCACGAUGUGGCAUGUUCUCAAGCAACCCUCCGUCCCUGAUCACCAGCUACCACGAAACAAUGCAUUCAUAGAGAUACAGCUGGACCGCUGUGAAGCCCUGUAUGCAGCAUCAUACCGGGCAGGCAUUGGAUUUGUUGCACAAUCGACAACACGACAAACGGUCGAGUUUCAAGUGUUUCGGAAGUCGACCGUAAGAGUGAUGAAGAAUUGCGUGGCUGCAUCGACAUUGUGUUUCAUAGGCUCGCUCUUUAUGUUUCUGUACUGCUACAUCUGGGGUAUAUUGUUGAUACUGGAGGGACACUAUUAACCGAUCCCCUGAGGCCUCUCCCCCCUUUAUGUGUUUGUGUAUGUGUGCAGACGAUUAAUGAUACCGCAACAAUUUGGCUUGUUUUGUAUUUUUUGUUAUCAAGAGUAUAAUUACUCAUCUACUCAUUAUCAUGUACAUUAUGCACCUAUCAA